AUGGCAGCUGGACACCUAAGGGAUUACAUUGAUCAGGAUAAAGAAGUAACCGAACCGAGGAACCCACCACCAGAAUCGAAUGCUGAGCACCCACCUCGGUUGAUAAUAAAUGUGAUCCACGGGACAGCGACUCAGGAAUCUAAUGAGGCACUGAAGGAAGAGAUCGCUAAGGCUGUGCAAAUUCACAAAGAUUUAGAGGGCAUACUGCACCCACAUACUGAUGCAUUAAUUAUAACUGUGGAAAUUGGGAAACGGUUUGACGUAAAACGAGUCCUAGUAGAUCAAGCCAGUGCAGCAGACAUAUUGUAUUAUGAUUUGUUCAGAAAGCUUGGUCUCUCCGAGCAGCACCUCACCUCGGCGGUAGCCCCGAUGGUCGGUUUCAAUUCACAGCCAGAAUGGCCGCUUGGCAGAAUAGUGUUGCCAGUCGUGGCGGGAACGAAAACCCUCCAGAUAGAGUUCUUGGUUAUUAAUACACCAUCCCCUUACAACGUCAUACUUGGCCGUCCGUGGAUUCAACAAAUGGAGGCAGUCCCUUCAACCUACCACCAGCUCAUCCGUUUUCUAACGGAACACGGAGUAGAGCAGAUUUCAAGGGAUCAAGUUGCGUCCAAACAUUGCUUCAUGGCAGCAUUAAAGGCAAAGCAGCUCUGCAAUCGGGUACAGACGGUAAAAGUGGCCGAAUAG